CAUGUUUGACGAAUUAUGAUUCAGCGCCUGACCCAAUCAACAAGAUUUAUCACAAUUAAACACAGUUUUAACCUUGUAAUGCUUAAAAUUUACACAGUAAAGUUUUAAAAAUUUCCGCGUUAGAGAUUGUGUUCACUUUCCUAACUUUUGGAACAUGGAUCAAGAACCUGAAGUUAACAUUACAACAACGCCGCAGACUUCUGAUGGUGAAUAUGAUGAAACGUCUUCUCUUGAAAACAACGACGAUGGACAAAACCAGAAUUUCUCGCCUUUGCAAUCUAGACAACAAGAACAAAAUGAUCCGUUGUCCUCGUGUGCCAUCCCUCAAUCCGAACUUAGUCAACAGUCAACAGAUCUCCAACCUACCUCUGAUAUCGAACAGCUGGCACAACAACGAGACAUAGGCCCACAAGAUUUAACUAACCAGUCAGAAUUAUUACAAAAUGGACAACAACUUCGACAAGAUAUGCAACAACAGCAACGCUUUGCUCAAGAUUUUCAAGUACAACAACAUGACAUUUCACGACAACCAAUGUCGAUCCCUCUUCAGAAUGACAUGCAACAAAAAACAGAAUUAUCUAAUGAAGAGAUACCAUUUGAUAUAUCAUCUAUUCAACCAAAAGCAACGAUCAAAUUAGAACCAGGAAUAAAUGCGACACAAGAAGUGUGUUCCAACGAAUGGAACUCUUUUAAUGGGAACGGGAAUGACGUUGGGGAGUUAACAACAAUGCAACCAUUUUCAUAUUACAAAAGUGCUUUUGAUACAAAUAUUCCGGCAAUGUUUGAUCCAAGUAACAAUUAUCAGAUUCCGAACAAAAAUAACGCAAUGUUUGAUCCAAUGUUUGCUAGACUAAAUGAUGGAGAUGAGUUGCAUCCCUUUGACACUACUGCGGUGCAAUCUUCAGCUAGUGACAAUUUCCACCAAAACAAAAACUCUAUGUAUAAUUAUGGUCCUGAUUAUACAAAAACAACUCCAUCGGCUCUAGAUUGUAGAUCUUCUACUACGCCGUAUCAAACUCAUCCAACAAUAUAUAACCGAGAACAUUUCAGUUGCCCAAAUAAUAUAACCAGAUCAAAGUCAUGUGAUGAUCCAGAGAACCCUAGUCUUUCAUCAGAGGAAAAAGUCAUUGUCCCAGAAGACCCAUCUGUAUGGACAACAGAGCACGUCCAGCAGUGGAUAGACUGGGCAGUAAAAGAAUAUCAAUUACGAAGUGUUGAUAAAUCGAGAUUUGCCACCCUUACUGGAAUUGAACUUUGUACUUGGACGAUGGAUGAUUUUACACAGAUUUGUGGUGAUAUGAAUGCAAAUUGUUUACUUGGCCAUUUGAAUUUCUUGCGAAGAAGAAUUAUACAGAAGACUUAUCCCCCAAGUAUACCAUCUCCAAAUGGAUUAUCUACCAUUAAUUAUAACCAUAACAGCGGCGGAAGUUAUGUAGCUUGUAAAGCAGAUCCAGGCUUCCCAAAGUCACAAUGGCAGCCACCACAACCAUCACCAACAAGUCAAGAACAAUUGUAUCAACGAAUGGUCCAUGUAUCAAGUCGAUUUUCCAGUUCAGGAACAGGUCAGAUACAGUUAUGGCAGUUUCUCUUGGAACUUUUAUCCGACAGACGAAACAUGGGAUGUAUAACAUGGGAAGGAACACAAGGAGAGUUUAAACUUGUUGACCCCGAUGAAGUUGCUAGACGAUGGGGUGAAAGGAAAAGUAAACCGAACAUGAAUUACGACAAACUGAGCCGUGCUCUGAGAUAUUACUACGACAAGAACAUAAUGACAAAAGUUCACGGGAAGCGAUAUGCAUACAAAUUUGAUUUUGUUGGACUUGCUCAAAAUAUGCAACAGACAACACCUGAAACUUAUCACACACCACAUCGUUAUCAAUCAGACAUGUUUAUGCCAAGUUAUGGUCCAUCUCCUCUUAAUUACCUCAAUCCGCAUGCGCCUAUGCCACCAACGACAUCUUCCGGACUCUUUUGUUCUCCAAGCCCGUAUUGGCCAUCAACGACCAAUAAUAUCUUCCCUAACAUUCCAGGACAUGGGUUAUCCCCGCAUGGAGUACAGCCGCACGUGGGGUCGUUCUAUCCGUAACUUUUAAAAACAUAUUAAUUUUACAUGUAAAUACUCCUGUUAUUGAUAUUUGAAUCGUUUUAUUUAUGUUGAUUUUGUUGAAUAAAUCAUUUUGUCAGA